GUCGGCAGAUGAUUGCCAAGACCCUCGCAAAGGAUCAAUACCGGAUCAGCGAGAAGGACCUGAGCGAGCUCAAGCACUUGGAACAAACGAAUGUCUACAACCCGAGACGCCCGAUGCUCCUGUUCAGGGAGCAAGAUGUCGAACGCAAGACGUUGGAACGCCAUGGAGGCCCGGAGGGGUUCCUCAACUACCUCAGGAAGCUCUACAAGACGCACCUCACGAGCAAGAAGGCGAAGAAGCCCUUUCAGCAGCCCUCCCACUACCGCGUCACGCCCGCAGUGGACAUCUCGACGUACAAACGUGAUUACGUCGGCCGCUCAGCCAAGCUCCGUGACAUCAAGGCUCGCCUGGUCCCCUGGUUAUGGGAGGAAUGCAACGCCGUCCUGGACAGGAUCGACGCCGGAGACGGGGCUGUCGGUGGCGACGGCCAAUUCUGCAAGCAGCGCGAGCGUGAGGACGCCAUGUCCAGCGUCCUCGGUGCCUUCGCGAACUCCUACCCCGUUCGUCCUGCUGCACCGCUGCCACCGUCUCCCGCUGUCGACGCCCUCCGGGCAGUCCUCACUGCGGCACCGAAGCUUCCUUCACCCGAUGAUUAUGGAAAGCCCGUGGACGGCCUCGAGUGGAAGGACAGCGGCUGGCCAGAGGAUAAUAUGUGGUACGAAUGGGGCUCGGGCUACCUGCGCCGCCUCUUCGCCGCCCUCGACGCGCUCAAGAACGCGCAUGGCAUGGGCGACCAAGGCUGGGCUACCGCGCGCUGGGAGGUCUACGAGACGCAAUGCGAGUGCAUGGGUACUGGCAUCGGGUACGACCGCCGUAACGCGGAGCUCCGGUGGGGCGACUCUGCGGCAGACUGGCUGCGCGAGGAUUACCUCCUCCGCGGGAUCAAGGAGUACGUAGGCGCUGCACCCGGCUCCAGCAACGCCUAGUCGGCUUGUUCGCCGCUGUUCAUCAGCGAUGUCGCUCUUGUUACGAAGAUGUCCCCCAUAUGCCUCUUGUCUUCUAUACCUCCCUUCUCCGCCCCAACACGAGUGUGUAUACCCUUCCUGUCUCAUCUCCUUUCUGUCCCGUCACUCUCUGUCUCGGCUCUCUGACUUGUCCUUGAUAUAUGCGCCCCCGUUACCUCCCC